AACAUGUAACGACAAACAUAUAUGUAACCACGUGGCUUCAACUAAAUUGCACGUGGAACAAGAUGGCGAGUGAUCUGCCAUUUCAAGUGGAAUACGCGAAGUCAAAUCGUUCCUCUUGCAAGGCAUGCAAACAAAAAAUUGAUAAAGAUUCACUUCGGAUUGCGAAAAUUGUACAGUCACCUCACUUCGAUGGAAAGGUGCCGAAUUGGUUUCACUUCGCUUGUUUUUUCACAAAAAAGUUCAAAAAAACAGAUGUGUCUGAGUUCAAUGGGUUUGACUUGCUAAGAUGGGAUGACCAAGAGAAAAUCAAAAAAAAAUUGAUGGGGGAGAUUGUUGGGAUUUGUGAAGUAGAUGGUCUGUCUAAAGAUGACAUGCUUGUUGUGGAGUAUGCAAAAUCCAACAGGAGCUUUUGCAAAUCUUGUGAAGAUAAGAUCACUAAGGGUGAAGUUCGUAUUGGUAAAAGCAUGGAACCAAGUGUAGAGUCCAGUGCAUUUGGAAGAGUCUCCAUGCUGACUCGAUGGUUUCAUGUUGAUUGUUUUGUGGAGAAAAGGUGUGAACUGAAUGUUGCAGAAGGUCUUACUGCAGAAAUGAUUCCUGGUUUUUCAAUGUUAAAUGAAGAAGAUCAGAUGAUGCUUAAAACGAAACUGGGAACAACAGAAAAAUCUGGGAAGAAACGAAAAGCAACUGGUGCUGAAAAACAACAGUUAAACAAGAAAAUGAAGGAGGAAAAAGCUCAAAUGACAGACGAUGAAAAAAAAGAAGAGACUGCUUUGAAGGCUCAGAGUAAGAAACUUUGGAAAAUACGUGAUUCGCUGAAGAAUUAUUGUAGUGUUGCUGAAUUGAAAGCAAUGUUGGCGGAAAAUGAUCAGAAAAGUCACGGCGGAGAAAAUGUGUUGUUAGACAGAUGUACUGAUGGGUUGGCGUUUGGCGCUUUGAAACGCUGUAAUGAGUGCAAAGAUGGUCAUUUUAGCAUUAGAAACGAUGGUUAUUACUGUACUGGUAAUAUUACUGAAUGGACAAAAUGCACAAACGUUACUAAAGAUCCGGAGAGGACUAAAUGGAUUAUUCCGGAGGAAAUGAAGGAGAACCAUAACUUUCUAAAGAAAUUCAAACUCAAUGUUGGAAAACGAUUGUUUCCGAGACAGACUGAUAAGUCUGCGCGACUGUUAAGCGGUCUGGCGUUUAACAUUAUUGGUAAACUUGAAACAACCGACAAGGCGUCUGCAAAAACUAAGAUUGAGGAAUUAGGUGGAAAGCUGAAAAAUAAAAUAUCAGGAGAAAUUACAUGUUGCAUAAGCACGGCAGCGGAGGUCAGUAAAAAAAGUAAAAAGAUUCAAGAUGCUGAGAAAGCUGACAUUCCCGUUGUCUCUGAAGAAUUUUUACAAGCUGUUCAUGUCGAGGAACUAUUUUCUGCGAUUACCAAACAUGCUCUGGUCACGUGGGGUACCAACAAGAGUUCCCGACAACCCACUGGCUAUGAUGUUACCGAUGGGCCUGCAAAGAAGAGGAAAGCGGUUAAAUCGCAAGCCUCGGUUUUACCCCUUGAAAAGAAAGUAAAAUUAUCAGUAAAAGGCGGAGGAGUCGUUGAUCCCGACUCAGGAAUGUCUGAUUCUGCGCAUGUUUAUGAGGUCAGCGGUCAAGUGUACAACGCUGUCCUGGGCAUAGUAGACAUUACCCGUGGUACAAACUCCUAUUAUAAACUUCAAAUAUUGAAGAACGACAUCAAAAAAACUUUUUUCCUAUUCCGUUCAUGGGGAAGAGUGGGGACGGCUAUCGGAGGAAAGAAACUGGAGAGUUUCGGUCGCGAUAUUGACGACGCCAUUGCACGUUUUAAUGAUCUUUAUCUCGACAAAACAGGCAAUGAUUGGAAAAACCAAAACUUUGUUAAACAAGCUGGUAAAUUCUAUCCUCUUGAGAUCGACUAUGGGCAGGAAGAUAACGUUAAAACUAGUGAAAAAGCCAUCACUGUAAAUAGCAAGUGCACGCUUCCGAUUUCUGUCCAAUUGGUACAAAUGAUUUUUGACAUCGAGUCAAUGAAAAAGGCAAUGUUGGAAUUUGAGAUUGAUCUAAAGAAGAUGCCUCUUGGUAAAUUAUCACGAAAACAAAUCGAAAGUGGAUACGCCAUUCUUAAUGAAGCUCAAAAGCUCAUCGAGACGCAAGGUAGCAAGGGCUUGAUUCUUGAUGCAUCAAACCGAUUCUAUACUUUAAUUCCGCACGAUUUUGGCAUGAAGAAACCGCCAUUGUUAGAUAACUUAAAUUUGAUCAAGAAUAAAGUAGAAAUGCUUGAAAACCUUUUGGAUAUCGAGGUCGCCUAUAGUUUGAUUAAAGAAACCACUGACGAUGAAGAUCCUUUAGAUGCCUAUUACAAGAAACUCAACAGUCAUAUUAAACCAAUAAACAAGGACGAUGAUGAAUAUGACAUCAUUCAAAAAUACGUCCGUAACACGCAUGCGUCAACUCAUCGACACUAUCGGUUGGAAAUUGAGGAGAUUUUUAAGAUUGAUCGCGAAAGUGAAACAAAACGUUAUAAACCUUUUAAAGAACUUCCUAAUCGUAGAUUACUUUGGCAUGGCUCUAGAACCACAAACUUUGCUGGUAUACUAUCUCAAGGUCUAAGGAUUGCUCCUCCUGAGGCCCCAGUCACUGGUUAUAUGUUUGGUAAAGGAAUCUAUUUUGCUGAUAUGGUAUCUAAAUCAGCCAACUACUGUAAUACAACCUACUCUAACCCAGUUGGCCUCAUGCUGUUAUGCGAAGUUGCACUAGGAAACAUGCACGAACUGACAUCAGCAAAGUUUAUCAAGAAACUUCCAGCGGGUAAACACAGUGUUAAAGGUUGUGGUAGGACAGCGCCCGAUCCAACAUCAGAUCUCACAAUGACGGAUGGGACGAUUGUUCCUUGUGGUAAAGGAAUCGACACAGUCAUCGAGGAAUCAAGUCUUCUUUACAAUGAAUACAUUGUCUACGAUGUGGCGCAAGUAAACAUGAAGUAUUUGCUUCAGCUGAAGUUCAAUUAUGAAUGAAAUUCACAACUGCCGAGAAAUUUCCCUUCUUUUGUUUUUGUUGUUGUUAUCGUUGUUGUUGUUGUUGCCUGCCUGAGCAACAUCAUGGAUUACUGACUGCGCAUGCGUGUUUUAUGGGAACAUUUAUUAAGGUCAAAACUCGAAAUAUUCAAUAUCAAACCCCAUUAACAUGUGAAUAGAUUAAUGAAAAUAUUUUUUGUUGGACUUGUUAAAGAGCCAUUAUAUUGAUAUCUUCAUAUAUUUUUUGAGAAAAGAAAAAGAGAAACGAA